AUGAACAACCAGUUUCAUUCAAGUUUAUCAACGUACACGAGACCCGAUUUGUUUCCUACUGGAGACGAUGAUGAAGAGCUUUUUGGCAUCAUGUCCAAAUGUGUUAACUUGCUUGAACAAUGUGAAUCAUCAAGACCAUACAUACCCCGUAUGGUCGUCGAAAGAGAUCGAUAUGGUGCUGACGAGCGCCUAAUGGCAGCUUACUUUAACGAAAACCCAAGGUAUUUGUUGAAGAGUUUUAGGCGACGAUUCCGUAUGUCUAGACCUAUGUUCAUGCGCAUUGUGAACGACAUAAUAUCAUACUCAUCUCGCAAUCCAGGUCAUGUGCCUUUGCAUUUUAAAAGAAUGCAAAACAAGCAGCUUGAUGCCCGAGGAAUGCCUGGUUUCAGCACCAUCCAAAAGUGUGUAUGCGCCAUACGUCAAUUGGCGUAUCGUUACAAUCCUGACUCGCUUGACGAGUAUCUACGGAUGGGUGAAGAAACAGCAAGGUGUUAUUUAGACUAUUAUUGUAAGUGUGUGUUCGAACUUUACAGGGAUGAAUACUUGCGUAGACUAACACCAGAGGACAGACAACGCUUGUAUGCUCGACACGAAGAGCUUCAUGGCUUCCCAGGCAUGCUUGGAAGCAUUGAUUGCAUGCACUUGCUUUGGAAGAACUGUCCCAAGGCAUGGCAAGGUCAGUUUACGUGUGGUGAUAACGGUCAUCUAACCAUUAUGCUUGAAGCGGUAGCUUCAUACGAUAGGUGUAUCUGGCAUGCUUUUUUCGGCACAGCUGGUUCGAACAACGAUAUAAAUGUUCUGAAUCAGUCGCCUUUAUUUAAGGAAAUCAUUGAAGAUCGUGCACCUGAUAGCUCGUUCACUGUUAAUGGCACCUACUACAAAAAGGGUUACUAUCUCGCAGACGACAUUUAUCCUGAAUGGUUGACUUUUGUAAAGUCGUAUUCAUGCCCUCAAGAUGAGAAGCGGAAGAAAUUUAAAAAGUUUCAAGAAAGUGUCCGGAAGGAUGUCGAGCGUGCCUUUGGAGGGCUUCAAAACUCAUGGCACAUUCUAACCCAACUAGCAAGAUCAAAAAGCACGAAUCGGAUCACUCGAACAAUGUACGCCCGUGUUAUAUUGCAUAACAUGAAGGUUCAAGACGCAGGGUACGCCAUAUGCUCACUUGAGGAUGGAGACGAGAUUGAUCCAAUCGUCUUACCGGAACGUACGUUCGAGGAAAGGAUUGCACUUCACCAACGUACCGACAAGGAGCUUCGUGAUCGCACUGUGCAUCAUGCUUUUCGUCAUGAUCUUACAAAGCAUAUAUGGCGCCUCCCGGCUUAA